UCCCAGGAAAGAAAGCAUCAAAACAAUUUGCAUCAUCCAUGGCAUCAGAUGAAGAUCAUCAAGUUUACUGCCAGCCUUGUGAUGAGGAAGGAACUGGACUCCCUGCCCAUGGUUACUGCACUGACUGCAAAGAACACCUUUGCAAAACAUGUUUUACAGCCCAUAAGAAAAAUAGGCUUUCCAAGCAUCAUAAACUUCUGGAUGCAACAAGUAUGCCAAAAGUUUUGCAGCAACCCACAACACCCAUUCACACAGGCCUGUCUGAUGAUCUUACAACACCCUGUUGUAAACAUUCACAAGAAAUGAUCAAGUACUAUUGCAAUGACCAUAAAAAUUUACUUUGCAGUGUUUGUGUUACCCUUGAACACCAACCAACUUCCUGCAAAGUUGAUUACAUACCUGAUAUUUCUGGUAAUAUAAUAGACAGUAAAGAGUAUCAAAUUAUCUUCAAAGCACUAAAUACGACUUUUGAUCAUUAUCAACAGAUGGUAGCAGAUGCCAAGGAAAUGAUGGGGAAAUCGAACAGAUCGCUAAAAGACGCACUAGAAGAUAUUAAAAUGUUUCGGGAAGAAAUAAACCUGAGAUUUGAUGAACUAGAGAGACAAGUUAUGCAUGUAGUCAAGGUCGUAGAACAAGAAAAUAACUCAAAUAUCACAGCAGUAGAAACAUUUUGUGAAGAAGUUACCAAAUCUUUAAGGAUAUCCUCAGAAAAAAUCAAACUGCUGAACACAUCAAAACAAGCUAAUACACUCUUUAUGGAACUUAAGCUUGCAGAAAAAAUAAUGGAAGAUGUUGAGAAAACUGAACAACAGCUUUCAACAUAUGAUGUCAAAGAGCACCACUUUGACGCAAAUGAAACAAUAUUAACCAAGCUUAAAACAGAGAAGUCACUGGGUACAUUGACACAGAAAACUUUAAAUAAAGAAUGUCAUUCUGUACAAAUAAAGUCUAGACAAUCUUCACAUGAGGGAGAAAUUUGUUUGAAGACAUCAAAAGAUGAAUUUAGAUGCUGGAUAACAGGAAUGACUCUGCUGACCCCUGAUCUUCUUAUCAUCAAUGACCACAAUAACAAUGCUGUAAAGAUGGUGGAUACCAGCAGUAAAUCUGUGUCUAAUCAACUACAACUAGGUGAUAAACCAUGGGAUAUCACGAGAGUUAUCAAUGCUGAACUUGCAGUCACACUUCCUUACAAACAAACAAUACAAUUUAUAUCAAUCUCAUCAAACAAACUCAUAAAGAAGCACACUAUGACGGUUGAUGGAGAUUGUUGUGGUAUAAGCUGUUAUCAAGGUAAACUUGUUGUGUCAUUACGUUCUCCUGCAAAACUUCAGAUCCUUGAUAUGAAUGGAACUAUACUGACAACAAUUGAUGGAAGAAAUAUUUUCAAAGAUCCAUAUUAUGUCACAUCUAACAGAAGUUCAAUCUAUGUAUCUGACUGGGACAUGAACACAGUAUCAAGAUUAAACUGGAAAGGUGAAGUGAUAGGUAAUUAUAAUGGUAUGAGUGCUCCUAGGGGAAUGUCACUCUCAGAUGAUGGUACUGUCUUUGUGUGUAACUGGGCGAGAAAUGUUAUAGAAGAGAUAUCAGGAGACUGUUCUACAGGAAAGGUGGUGCUGCAGGAUCUGAAUACAACCGUUACUCUUAGUUGGUGUGGUGAAACAAAGAAGCUGUAUUACAGUUGUUACAACUCAGAUGAAAAAAAAGACAACUUUCUCUACAUUUAUAAACUGUCAUAAAAUUUAUACCAUUGUCUUAUAUGAAAGGUGAAAAAUCAUGUAAUCCUGUAAAGUUUGCAUUUAAGGGGCUGAAAACAACCAAAGUGGACUGACCGUUUCUACAAAAAGAAACUAAACUUGUUAUACAUUUAUAAAUUGUCAUAAGACUUAUACCAAUGUAUUAUAGGAGUUUUGUUACUACUCAUGAAGCCAUACACACUGAGUGAAAUCAUCAGUAUCCAUUCUUAUUUUAUUCAAGAAAAAUUAGUAUUUGUCUCAAAGCUUUAAAUCUGAAAGUGAUAGAUGUUCCAAAAAACUUAUUUGUAUGGCAAUUUGUAAAAUAUUUUAUAAACCAAUAAAAAUGAGUUUUUACUAACCAUGGUUUGCUCAAAGUGAAUAAAUUGAGGAAAUUGAAGCUUUUUCUAUAAAAAUAGGAUUUAUUUUCAUCGAGUGGUAUAAAAGUAAUAUGAAAUAUGAUAAUUUCCAUACCACGUGAUGAAAAUAAAUCCUGUAUUAAUAGAAAAAACUUGAAUUUUCUGUUUAUUAGAUACAUUUUUCUUUUCUUUCUUUUCGACAGUACAAUUUGGAAGAUUUUCCUUUCAAUUUUGGGCAUUGGCUUAAUUUAAAUUUAAGAAGUCCGGCAAGACACCAUUGAAAAUUCGAAAAUAUGUUUCACUCCAGUGAAAAAAAACUUCAAUUUUCGGUUUAUUAUAUACAUUUUACUGUUCUUUUUUUUUGACAGUACAAUUUGAGAAAUUUCCUUUUCAAUUUUGUGCAUUGGCUUAAUUUAGAUGAAAAUAGUCCGACAAGACACCAGUGAAAAUACAGAAAAUAUGUUGUACUGCAGUGAAAAAUAUUUUUGUUACAGUGAAAAUACGGAAAAUGAAAAUAUGCAUUUUAAUUCAUCAAUAUUUCUCAAAAUUUUAUUUUUAAGUAUAAAAUAAAGUAAAUAUGUGCUGAAAAAUUAAUUCUUGGAUUUUGUAAAAAAAAAUACUUCUAAAAUACCUAACUACGCAUGCUGCACAGAAUCAUUGCUAAAUUGUAAAAGCUGUUAUGCUUCAUACUUGCAUAUUAAUUUAUAGAGGGAAUUUUUAGGCAUUUGUAUUUACAAAUAUUAUAUUAAAAUAUUCUUAAAAAGUUUUAUGUUUUUAUAUUACAUUAUCUUUUUACCGGUAAGCUUUUACUUUCAAACUUUUCAUAUUAGAAUCACAUACUUGGAAUUAAAAUAUUGGUGUUAAGACAGAUUGCCAUUGAAAUAAAGCUUUUAUAUAUUCAAGAUGCCAAAACCUAAUUACUUACAAAAACAUGUCUUAAAAAGUUAUUUUUAGCAUUUUAUAUGUGUGUUAAGUAGCUGUCAAUCAGACCAAGCUAAAACUAUUUUAGCUGUUGGUAUAAACAAAAGCUUUCAAUUAUUUUUUCAUAAUUUCAAACAGAAAAUAGUUUAGGUAAUUUCCUGGAGUAUCCAUAGGUUCUCUUUUUCAGUUCAAUCUGUCACCGUAGAAGUAUGUGGCUAAUGAAAGUCAAGAUACCUGUUCUAAGGUUUAGGUGACUUCUUACUUCAUCAAAAUACUGUUCUAACUUUAAAUAAGUGUUAAGUGGAUAAUUCCUGGUAUGUGACUUUCUUCUUUUAUUAGUAACCAAUUUAAUUUGUUUUCAAACAUAGUUACUUUGAACUACAUGUAUAUUGUUAUUUGCAUAUCUAUAUAUAUCACUGUAAAUAUGUACAUGGAUUAUAUUUAAUUUUUCUUCUGUCUGUCCUUCUGUCUAUCCGUACAAACACAUAAUUAUGUACUACUUGUGUGAUUAGGAGCCAUAGGUAAUGGUACAUUUCCUUUGAUCCAAUUCAUUCCGUUCUUAUUUGUAUGUCUAUUUUAGGUCUUGUGUGACUAAAAAGAUCAAAGAAAAAAUCACAUAAGUACAAUUUCGUAUGUACGUCCGUCAUAAAACUUGUCUGGAUUACUCUUCAAAAACUACUGGCGCAAUUUGAUCCAAACUUUACAGGAGUAAUUAGUACCAAGUCUAGUUGUUUAUAUUGCCUGCAUUUUCUUGUUCAAUGGUUUUUGUCAGAGUUAUGGCAUUUUUAUGAUUUUUAUUGUAAAAGUUUGUCCGGACUACUCUUAUACCACAAAUGCAAUUUCAUUGAAACUUUACCGGAUUGAUCAAUAGCUUAAAUUCUUGUGCAAAUUACACGGGAUUUCCGGUUGAAUGAUUUUGGGCUGAGAAAUGGCCCUUGAAUUAAAAUGUGUUUGUGCUUGUUUGUGUGGUGCCAGCUAAACAGAAAUUUGUCCGGACUUCUACUCAGAAACUACUGGUGCAAUCAUCCAAAUUUUAAGGGAAAGAUCAGUACCAAGUUUAGUUGUCCAUAAUGUCGGCCUUUUCGUGUUUAAUGAUUUUUCUAAAAGUUAUGGGCCUUUUAUGAUUUUAAGUGAAAUUUGUUUGGAUACUCCUUUUAUACCACUUAUGCAAUUUCAAUAAAACUUUACAGGAUUUGAUCUAUAGCUCAAGUAGUUGCGCAUAUAGUUUUGGCCAAGUUAUGGCCCUUGAAUUGAAAAAAAAAAGAUUUUUUCUGUGUUGCCAGCUACACAUAAGCUUAUCUGGACUACUCAUCUGUAAAUCCUAGUGCAAUUUCAUCCAAACUUUACAGGAAUGAUCAAUACCAAGCCUACUUGUGCAUAUAAUCGGCAUUUUUGGUUCAAUGAUAUUUGUCACAGUUAUGACCCUUAAACCAUUUUUACCUUUAUAAUUUGUCCCGACUACUCCUCUUAUACCACUAAUGCAACUUCAUUUUAACUUUACAUGAUUAAUCGGUAGCUCAAGUACUUGCGCAUAUUACAUGGGAUGUCCAGUUGAAUUAUUUUUGAGUUCUGGCCCUUGAAUUAAAAAUACCUUUUGCCCUGUUAAUGAUUUUUGUUGUUUCACAGUUGCUGUAUCAUGCAACUGGCUAUCAUGAGGAGACACGUGUGAUCAUUGAUAUAUCUUAAUUGUUUAUUUUUUAUAUUUUAUGUUCAAUUGUAUUUACAUUUUUCAUCAUCAAAUUGCUUUUUAAAAAAUGUACUUAUGGUUGUAAUCAUUUAGUCAUUUUGUAAUAGUUAAGUAAUAUUCAUUUUUUAUUUACGUAAUUUAUAAAAGAGGCAUUUUGUUAAUAUUUUAUAAUAUAGGUUUAAAAAAUAAUUAAAAACAUCUGGCCCCGUGUUCACAAAGAUUUAAAGAUCAGGAUCAAGAUCAGGAUCAAAUUUAAAAACUCAAAUAUUCUCCAUUAUUUAUCCUCAUAGAUUAAAUAUUCAGUAUUAACUUGAUAAAACUGGACUUGAAAUAGCAUGUUUAUGGAAUUUUACAAUAAAUAUAUUGUUAUUUUUACAAGAUAUGGGAAUUUUACAGUUGAUUCAAAUUUUGAUCUUGAUCCUAAAAUUGAUCCUCAUUUUGAUCCGAUUAUUUUUGUAUUUGUUUUGUUAUUUCUUGAUUUUAUCCCAAAUAUGUUGGUUUCUUUGCAAAUAAGCAUUUUUUUAUAUUUCAAAUAUGUACCAUUUAAUUCUAGCAUAAUGCAAUCAAUUUUAGUUUUAUAAAACAAUGAAAAUAAAAUUAGGAUCAUCUGAUCCUGAUCCUGAUCAUUUCUUUGUGAACACGGGGCCGGAAUUAUAAUAAUCUGACUAAACUAAUAUAAGAUUUGGAGACAAUUUAUUCGUACAUUUGAAAAAUGCUAUUUUAACAACAUUUUUUUAAAAGCUUUGUUUUGGACAUAUUUUAGAAAAAUAAACUUUUGUUCAUUUAAAAUAAUCGUUUAAAUGUCCUCUUACACAGAUGGCGGAUUUUUGAUUUAUCUUUGUCUUACCCUAAAUUUUAGCAAAAAUUCCUCAUAUGACAAUUGUAUCAUUUAACUUAAAUAUAUUUUUUUUAAAUAAUCAGAUGGUUUUUGCCAUAAUCUAAAUACUUAGUAAUGAUCAAAAUAAUUAGUGUUUAUUGGAUAAUUUACAGACUAAAACAAGCUAAAUUACAGCAAAACGUCAGACUCAAGUUUGUGAACUGUAAACAUUUUGGUCUCGUCCAGAUACAAUUUAAUGAAAACUAUAGCACAAAAGCUUCACAAGUUCAAAUCUGCAUUCAAAACCCCUUCAAAAAUAUACCAGCAUAAUAUUUUAUUGUGGAACAUUAAAAUCUGUAAACCAAAUACAUGCAAUAGUCAUGUUCCUUAAAUAGCAAAGGUAUUCUAUGUUUCAACUGUUUCAAGAAUAAACCAAAACAUUAAAGAUUUUAUUUAAAUAUUUCAUUAGAGACUUAGCUGUAUAGACUUUAUCAUCUUUUUGUGGAUUUUUGUCCAUAAUUGGUUAUAAAUAUGCUUCCUUAAUUCUGCUAGGAAAUGAUAAAUGAUUUUUGUUUUCGGUGAUAAAAAACGAUAACAACAACUGUGUAAAUGUAAUGCUAAUUUUCAUAAUAUUUUAUCAAAACGGCCUGUUUAAUUGUUGUCAUGUUAUGUAUACACUCGUAUUUUAACUACUGAUUUCUGAUUAUUGUAUAUUCUCUGAUUUU